CUCCGGACAUAGUGAAACACCGAUCGUCGGACGGGACCUCUGUACGAGGUCCCGAUCAUGUGAUCACUGAUUGGCCAAUCAGUGAUCACAUGAUCGGGACCUCGCACAGAGGCCCUGUCCGAUGAUCGGUGUUCCACUGUGUGCGCGCUCCCUGGUCCAAAAUGGCGAGUGCCAUAUGAACGGCAACCCGCCCCUGGACUGCCACCGCCCGGCCGUUUAUAUACAGCAGCCGGACGGCAAGUGGUUAAAGUGAUACCAAUCAAAAUAUAAAUUUUUU